AUGACAGUGCAGUGGAGCGGCUACACUGGGGCCAGCUCCUACAAGAUCACAGCAACACCCAGGAACUCCCCGGGACCAUCAGUCUUCACUCAGUUCAGUGGCAACGUUGUGAUGGGCUCAGUCAACUCCCUGUCACCCAACACAGUGUACAUCAUGAAGCUAGAAGCCAUGGACAAUGCCCUCAAUGUCCUCAGCAGUGCAGCGACACAGGAGACCACAGCUCCUGACGUCCCCAGCAUUGAACAGGCCUACUCCAAACACAGCAACAGCAUCACUGUGGAGUUCACAACCGUUUCCGGGGCAAGCAGCUACCUCCUGAGGGCAGAGUCGAAGACCGGUAAUUUCUUCUCUGAGACGGUGGUGAGCAGCUCCCCCGGCACCGUGGUGCAGCUCCAGCCUUACACGGACUACAGUCUGAGUGUCAUGUCGAUCAACUCUGGGGGGAGGAGCCAGCCCUCGUACCCAAUCGAGGCCAGGACAGUGGUAAUGGCGCCCAAGUUAAACACCACCUCUCCUGAAAACGGCACCAUCCUUGUGACCUGGACCCCGGUGGAAAACGCUGUCCUCUACACGCUCUGCAUCAUCAAGGAGGGCUCCAUGUCCCGCAACAAACUCAACACCACGGACACCAUAGUGAGCUUUGGUGGCCUUGAAGCAGGGGCCACCUACUGUAUCAAAGGCACAGCCUGGGACGCCGCGGGUCGAGCUAGUGAAGACCUCACCACCUGCCAGAUCACACGCCCUGCAAGACCAGAAGUGAUCGCCGUCGAGGUGACUCAGGGCCGAUCUCUCGGGGUCGCUGUGUACUGGAUGUCAGCGCAGGGAGCGAAGAACUAUGUGGCCUGGACCAAUCCCUGUCCCCCAGAGAACAUCUGGGUGGAGGAGCCCAAAGCAGGCAACUGCUCGCUUGUGUGGAAUGAGGUGCCACUAGUGGAGUACUACAUGGCUUUCAUAAAGAGGGACGACGGGACUGAGAAUUCGUGUAACACCACUAAAACCACGUGUCCAUUUUCCUGCAUGUGUGGCUACACCUACCUCACCACCGUCUUCCCCUACAACGAGGCCGGCUCCAGCCCUUACGCAAACGUCCGCAACUACACCACCAUUCCUUGUUGCCCACAGGGUGUUAGCAUAAAUCUAGUUUCUACAGAGACCCUGGAGAUCAAUUGGUUGCCCGUCAAAGGGGCCGAGCUGUACGAGACAACGGCGGCAGAGACUAACGAUGUCAUCCACUGUAACGACACGGCGCCAGUGUGCGCGCUGUCAGAUUUGAGGUGCAACACGGCUUAUACUGUGACCGUCACACCUUGCAGCGAGUUACGAGGAUGCAACCGCACCUGCACGCCCCAGACACAUGAGACAGCUCCGUGUGCUCCAGAGAUCGUGAAUAUGACGCAGACCAACACCUCCACGUACAGAGUCCACUUCCUUACCCCCAACACCCCCAACACAAAUUAUACCAUCACAGCCAUCGGACGCUACGACACACACUCGUGCCAGUCUAGAAACGGCUCCUGUGAGCUCACACAGCUGCCCUGUGGUUCAACCUAUGAGGUCAUGGCAGUGGCCAUGACAACUGUGGGGAGAAGUCUACCUGGAUACAGUAAACCUUUGGAAACAGGUCCUUGCUGCCCCAUGUAUGUGAAUGUGACCCAGGUCACCCAGGCUAUGACCAACGUGACCUGGUCACCUGGCAGCGGAGCUCGCUCCUACAUCACCACCCUGAUGUCGCCGCGCGGGAAUGCGAAGUGCCACACUCUGGACACCCAUUGCCUGAUGGGAUGCAUCACCUGUGGCACCAACUACAGCGUCAACCUGGAGUCCAUCAGCAGCACAGGACACAAGUCCGAGUGCAAAUAUCGCGGAUUCUCAUCCAGUGCCUGUUGUCCAACCAGCGUCAGGCUCUAUCGCAGGACCAACAACUCCCUCAGGGUGCACUGGAGCUCUUUGGGCCCUCAGAUGCAGAACCACACGGUACAGCUGUACGGGACAGCAGCCAACUAUACCUGUAUCGCAGCUGCCGGCAGCAAAUACUGUGAUAUCCAGGAGGAAACGUGUGGGGACGUCUACACGGUAGUGGUGGCACCAGUGGGACAGAAUGGGAUCAAAGUCAGCUUCUGUCAACCCAGGACAUACUCAGUUCCCUGCCCGGGAGGUAAUGCUGCCAUGGUGAUCUCUCGUAAAAGACGAAGUGUGAAUUAAGUGCGUGAACCCCUCCACUUCCCCCACCUCCUUAACACCAACCCUCUAACAUGGACAGAAGACUGUAAAGAUCCAAUCUAUCCAAAAGAAAUAUAUUUUGUUGUUACUGCUGCUUGCAAGGAAAGCUGUAUAGAGUCUGACAAAUUGUUUUCUGCUGAAUAAAUAGGUAAAAACACUGAAUUAAAACACAAAAAUAUAUAAAAGGCGGCUUCUAAAUAAAUAACUGUGGGCAUUUAUCCAAUUUAUUUGAACAAUUAUUGCUACUUUUUUUUAAAGUAGGCUGCAUGUUAUUUUAUCUUCUGUUCUGCUAUUCCUCAUGUUUAAUCAAUGCGGUUGCCCUUUCAUAAUAAGACCUAAUGUAACCUCAAUAUGUUAAUGACAUCUAGUAAAAAUGAAAAAGGAGCAGAAAUAGAAACUUCACAGUGAACCUUCCAGAUAAAUGAAUCAUGGCAAUAGUCAUUGAAAGGCAAAAUAAAUUUAAAAUAAGAUUAGGACUUCUCCAAGUAGAAGACCUCCAUGCGGCGGCUGUUGACAUGCCUCUGGGUUGUAAAGCUGGUUGGUGACCCAGAAGAGGGUCAGUUAAAAGUGGGGCCGCAGGUAUCCAUCUG